AUGCUCAUAAACCCAUUCCGACCUCGCGAAGGCCCGCCAACCUUCUUGGAAGAAUACCGCAACAGCGACUACAAACCAACAUUCAUCGAAGCCUGGCAUGGUCCCCAGAUCGUAGCGCCCGACACCCCCUACGUCGCGGCCGCCGGCAAAAACAACCUAUACUUCAUCGACACCCGCUUCAACCCCGAUACUGCAAAGCAUAUCAAGGCGCAGAUCGAGUGGGCGUCAGUGGCAGGAGGCCCGACCUCUGUCAUCAACAUUGACGAGCUCGCGGCCACAGCGGAAGUGAAAGAUACUGUUACCGGCGAGACGCUGUUCGUCUUUGACCCGGCGUACGCCAGAGUGCUGGUCGCGAGGGGGGUUAAUCGGCGGAACCCGGCGCUGGGGCUGCCGGAGCAUGAGUGGGCUGGGGAGUGGUUGGUGAGCUACGACUUGAACGGCAGCAGCUUGACGGCGGGGAACGAAUCGCGAUGUGACUGCGGCAAAGGCUAG